AUGAAAGCAGUCUUCACCUCUAUUCCUCCAUCUCAUCUGAUCGCUGAUGCGGUGCAGGCUCCGAAUAGGAGCAGUAGAGACGGUGUGGGAUUGGUGGAAUCAAUACUCACGCUCGCGUGGGGAUAUAGCCGGACUAUGAGUUACGCCCCAGAUCGAUCAACGCCAUCCCCGCCUCAUGCGUCACCUUCAAGAUGCGGAGUGGUCGACGCCGGGGUUCUCUUCUUCACGUCAAUCAGUUCCUCCCCCAUUCACCAGUUUGAUGAGACGGUUGAAAGAAUGCUAAAGUACAACAUUUUCGGUCGCGGCUUCAAGCUGCAGGUUGCCAUAACCAUCACUUGCCAGAUCGCAUUCAUCUUCUUUGGCUAUGACCAAGGAGUGUUUUCGGGCAUCGUCACGAACGAGAACUGGAAGCAGACCUUUGGCAACCCAGGCUCGGGCUUGGAGGGCAUCAUCGUUUCUAUCUACAACCUUGGAGCAUUUUCUGGAUGCAUUCUGACCUUCCUGCUCGGUGAGAAGUUGGGACGGCGGUUGUGUAUGUGGGUUGCUAUGGGAUGGAUUAUUGUCGGAGCGGUGCUGCAAUGCACAUCAUGGUCUGUCCCACAGAUACUGAUUGCUAGAUACGUGACCGGCAUUGGCACAGGUAUCGAGACCAGCACUGUGCCCAUGUACCAGUCCGAGCUGUGCGAUGCAGACAAACGCGGCCGCCUGGUCUCGUCCGAACCUCUUUUCGUUGGGGUUGGAAUUGUGAUCGCAUACUUCUUCGAUUAUGGAAUGUCCUUUGUCGGCGGACCAGAAGCAUGGCGAGUCCCGAUUGCCUGCCAAUGCGUGUUUGCCUUUAUGGUCAUCUUCAUGGUGUUUGGUGUACCGGAGAGCCCACGAUGGCUGUACUACCACGACCGGCAGGAGGAAGCGCUCCAAGUUCUCUGCGAUGUCUGGGACGCUCCGCCGGACAAUGAAAAGGUGCACAAGAUGCAUACGGAGAUCCUGGAGACGCUUCGACUGGAGCGCAAGAACGGCGAGUACAAGUGGCGCCAGCUGUUCAAGCAUGAUGAGGUACAAACAGGUCGUCGAGUUGCGCUCGCAUACGGCAUGCAAUUCAUGAACCAGAUGGGCGGUAUCAACCUGGUCGUCUACUACGUACCAACUGCCCUGGAGGAGAACGUCGGCCUCAAACCAAACCUAUCCCUCGUCAUCGGCGGAUGUGUGCAGACGAUGUUCUUUUUCGGCUCUCUUAUACCGACCUUCUUUCUCGACAAGAUGGGAAGACGUCGUCCCAUGAUGUGGGGCAGUCUUGGGCUGGCGAUCUCCAUGAUGCUGAUUGCUGUCCUGCUUUCCUUCCACGCCAUGCCAGACAAGUACUCCAAGUCCUUGGGCACGGCGACCUCGUCAGCUGCGGUUGCUUUCUUCUUCACCUACAUGUUCAUAUUUGGCGCCUCUGCCAAUUGCAUCCCCUGGGUUUAUGUCCCAGAGAUCCUUCCCCUUCACGCCCGUGCAAAAGGAACAGCUGUCGGUAUCAGUGCCAACUGGCUCUGGAACUUUGUGGUCGUGAUGAUUACCCCGUCCAUGAUCAGCAAUCUGAACUGGCAGACGUAUCUUGUCUUCAUGUGCACUAAUCUCGCAUUCAUCCCUCUUGUCUUCUUCUGUUACCCAGAGACCUCAAACCUGACGCUCGAGGAGAUCGACUACCUGUUCAUCAAAGAUGGCAAGAAGGGCGUCGGCCAGCUCAAGGCCCGUUCUCAGCCGGUACAGGAAAGCCUGCGGCCAGCGGAAGAGAUCGCGGAGGACGUCGAGAAGCAUGCCGUGCGAGAGUCCGAUGAGGCGGAUCAUGUCGAAGCGAAGGAUGAGAAGGCCGUUAAUGGGUGA